CUCUCUCUCUCUCUCCCACACAUUCUCUCCUCUCCCAAUACCUUGCAGCCAUGUCCAAGGCAACCGCCGAACUCGAUUUCUUGGGCGCGCAGAGUAAUGGCGGCACUCCUUCCGAAUCUCGCUUCCACCGCCUCCUCCGCCGCCAGAGGAGCCUCCGAGAUAUCCAGGGCGCCAUUUCCAGAAUCGAUCCGCAGGUCCUCAAGUCCGUGAUUUCCUCCGGCACCGCUCCUCCUGAAAACAAACGCAUCGCCGCCUCCUCCGCUCCCUCUUCUCCCAAGCAAGACACCACCGCCGCCGCUGUUUCGUCUCCGCCGACGCUUCCUCUCUUUUCUACCACGCCGAGUCCUGCUGCGGAAACUCCUGGCGGAAUCGCUCCGUUGACCAUAUUUUACAACGGAACCGUCGUCGUCUUUGACAUCGCUCCUGAUAAGGCCGAGAACAUUCUGAAGCUCGCUGAGAAAGGCCUUUCACCUGCUCCGGGCGACCAAAAACCGGCGGCCGACUCCGUCGGAGGAGCUGACCUUCCGAUGGCUCGCAGGAAGUCUCUGCAGAGGUUCUUGGAGAAACGCAAGGAAAGCUUUGAAAGGGAAGGCUAACGGUUUAGAUCCUGGUCCCCUCUUUGUUGUUAACCCUCUUCAAACAGCUAGGAAGGAUAAUAAAAAAAGGCUGACUACGCAUUCCCCCUACGCCUGCUUUUAGACUGGUCUACAGACUCUGGUGGCGGUGGAGGCUUUUCUCGUUAAUUGACUACCCAGCAAGCCAAAGUUGUUAUUAGUUAAUAAUAUAUAGUUAUUAUUGUUAUUGUUAUAAUCAUAUGAAGUGGUUCUUAUUUCUUAAUCUAUAAUGAUAUAGUAGUCAUAGGGUCUGACUAGCAGAGGGGGGAAACUACUGUUUGGGUUUGUGGACUUUGUUGGUCGUCUAAUGACUGCUCUCUGCCUUUUUCAAUUUGCGAUAUUGCACUUUUCAUUAUUAUUAUUAUUAUUAUUAUUCAAUAUUGAUUGAAAGUUCUUAAGUAUUUGUUACCGAUUCUUCCAACGACUACUAUUAUUGCUUACUUUGAUUACAUUA